AUGACACCACCGUUGGCAGGGAUACACGAUACACAGUUUGAGUACUUGACUAAAGAAGAGUUUCUGCGACGCGUGAAAGAAGGGCAGUUAUUAAUAAUUUACAACAGAAAAAUAUAUAGGUUAGACAAAUGGGUAAAGUACCAUCCCGGUGGACCAUUAGCAAUCCACCAUUUAGUAGGCAAAGAUGCGACAGACGAAAUGAAUGUAUUUCAUCCAGCCUAUGUCUACGAAAAAAAGAUACAUAAUUUCUACGUAGGUGAAUACGCGGAAGACUCUGAAUUCCUUGUGCCGUCGUCAACAAAAGAAGAACGGAAAAAGAUCUUGCAUGCUUAUCGACGACUUGAAUCAAAACUCAGAGAGAAUAAAUUGUAUGAUUGUAAUUACAUCAAUUACGGAUACGAGUGUAUUCGAUAUGUUUUGCUUAUUAUGAUCUCGUGGAUUUUGAUUUUAUAUGGUACAACGACAUUUCAUUAUUUGACAAGCGCGAUUUUUCUCGGUGUUUUUUGGCAUCAACUCGCAUUCACAGCUCAUGAUGCUGGUCACAGUGGGAUCACACAUAGUCUGCUGGUUGAUAAUCUAAUUGGAAUUUUUAUCGCGAGUUUUUGUGGGGGAUUGAGUAUUGGUUGGUGGAAAAAGAAUCAUUAUGUUCAUCACAUUGUUACUAAUGAUCCCACUCAUGAUCCGGAUAUUCAGCACCUGCCGUUUUUUGCAGUAUCCACAAGAUUUAUCGAAAGCUUGUACUCCUCGUUUUAUAAACGAACGUUACACUUUGACGUAUUCGCCCGAUUUUUUAUACCCCUGCAACAUUACCUUUAUUAUCCAGUGCUCUGUUUUGGUCGAUUCAAUUUAUACUUUCUCUCCAUUAGCUAUUUAUGUUUCGAUGAACGCGUACCAUUUCGCAAAUUGGAAUCGGCCGGCAUGUUAUUCUUUUGGUCAUGGUACAUAUACAUGCUCUCGUUUCUCCCCUCGUGGAGGAUAAUCAUAGCAUUCAUUCUGAUCUCACACAUGAUCACUAUGAUACUACACGUGCAAAUCACCUUAUCUCAUUUUGGCAUGUCAACAGAAGUCCUCGGACCAGAUGAACCAUUCCCAGCGAAAAUGUUACGAACAAGUAUGGAUGUGGAUUGUCCAUGGUGGAUGGACUGGUUUCAUGGUGGCCUACAAUUUCAAGCUAUACAUCACCUUUUCCCGCGAAUCCCUCGACAUAAUUUACGCAUUUGUCAACCAUUUGUCAAGGAAUUCUGCGAGGAGACUGGACUUCAAUAUCAUAUUUAUGGGUUUUUAAAGGGGAAUGGAAUUGUGCUUAGUGCCUUGAAAGAUGUCGCGAAUCAGAUCGAGCUACUAUCACGGGUAGCAAAAGCUCACGGAGAACAAAGUUUUGUUUCGUGA